AUGUCACUUACAGCAGGAAACCUUAGAAACAUCCCCACUUGUUACGCCAGUGUCUCGAUUGGAUGUAGAGAUGAACACACUCUGCCCAAGAAGCUAGAAGCAAUCUCCAGCGCAGGCUUCAGCGCUAUCGAGCUCGGUUUCCCAGACCUUGUGGCUUUCGCAUCAACCUACUUGAAGAAAGAGGUCGGAGCAUACGACUACGAUGAUCUCGUCAUCUCCGCCAAGGUCGUCAAGGCCAUGUGCGAUGCGAAGAAGCUGAAGGUUCUCAUUCUACAACCAUUUGCCAACUUCGAGGGCUGGCAAGAAGGCAGCGACGAGAGGAAGGAUGCUUUCACACGUGCCGAGGGCUGGAUUAGAAUCAUGGAGGCUGUUGGAACAGACAUGCUCCAGGUGAGAAAAUCUUGGAUCGACACGCGCAUUGUCAUAUCUGACCAUGAGNNACAGGUUGGUUCCUCAGACACACCUGCCGAGAAGAUCGGUACAGACCGCAACCGCUUCGUCAGCGACCUGCAAGAACUCGCCGACAUGCUCGCAAAGAAGAAUUUCCGCUUGGCAUACGAAAACUGGUGCUGGUCAACCCAUGCUCCCACAUGGAAAGACGUAUGGGACAUUGUUCAAAAGGUCAAUCGCCCCAAUGUCGGUCUCUGUCUAGACACCUUCCAAUCUGGUGGCUAUGAGUGGGCAGAUCCCACCACCGAGUCAGGCUUGGUCGACAAACCCAAGGACCAACUGGAGAAGGACUGGAAGGAGUCGCUCGAUGAACUGUCCCGCACCGUACCAGCAGACAAGAUCUUCUUUCUUCAAAUCAGCGAUGCAUACAAGCCAAAGCAACCCUUCAACAAAGACGUCGAUGAGUCUGGUACUCGUCCUAGAGGCCGCUGGAGCCAUGACUUCAGGCCCCUCNNCCCCUUCCAAGGCUACCUGCCUGUUGUUGACUUCACUCAAGCUGUCUUGAAAACAGGCUUCCGCGGUUAUUUCUCGUACGAAGUCUUCGAUGCUGGUCCGGACGGCAAGGGUAAGGACUAUGAGUUGCAGGACUUUGCGAACGAGGCAAUGGCCACCCAAUGGAAGCUCAUAGAGGCUUGUGUCGAGGCUUGA